CUUUGUCGCGGAAUACUUUCGAGAUGGAGACGGCAGCCAUUCGCCGUGCUCGUGGCACGGUGGACGUGCCGCCUUUGAAUCGAAGGAGCCUCGGGUCCAACAUGCACGCCGCCGCCACGGCCGCUCCAACACGGACGGUCGAGCCAGCAGCCAUCACAAUGUGUAGCCAAGAGCUCAUGACCCAAACGCACUUGAUCCUUUCCAGCACGCCCAAGUACGCUCCGUGCUACGUCACAACGCUCCUCGACACCAACAUCAACUCGACCAAGCUCCGGGAGGACUGCGAUAUCCCGGAAUGCUUUAGCGUACUCAACCAAAACAAAGUGGCGGCCGCAGCCAGCCCCGGCCUCAACUGCUACGUGUACGACAUUGUGACCAGGACUGCUUUUCGGAACGGCGACGCCGUCAACUUUUGCUUCCCCACCACAACGGUGGCCCCUCCGACCUCUUCCGCCUCAGCUCUGAACACGAACGGCGACUCGACGUCGGUCGUGGGCGGCGCAAUCGGUGGCGCGGUCGGACUUGUGCUUCUUGUUGGCCUUGUCUGGUGGUGCCGUCGCCGCACGAGCCGUCGCAACGACUACUCACGUGCCGCCAAUUUCAACGAGGUGCACUCGCCUGUAGUGGCCCUGCCCGUGCCGAAACCCGUCACGACGAACAACAGCAGCCACCAUCCCACAACCACGACGUCAUUCACGGGAUCUUCUGGCCCAGGCGGCAGCAACCCUCCAUUUCUCAACAACACGUACGACGGUAUCGUGACGCAAGGACUUGCCCGAGACCUCGAGCAACUGGAGCUGCAUCGGAUUCCGUUCGCCGACGUUUGCCUCGUCCAGCCACUGGCAGAAGGCGCAUUUGGCCAAGUGUGGCUCGGCAACUACAUGGGCCAACGCGUCGCGGUCAAGAAGCUCCUGCCUCGAAAAGCCACCACGGCCGACUUGAUGCAGUUCGUCAACGAAAUCAAGCUCGUCGCCAAGUUUGAUUGUCCGUACGUUGUGUCGUUUGUCGGGGCGGCUUGGCACAAACCGAUCGACAUGGUCCUCGUGACCGAGUUCAUGGACCGAGGCGACCUCCGCGGCGUGCUCCAGGCGAACGCAGCCAAGCCGUGUGCCGAGCUGACGUGGCACGACAAGGUCGAGUGUGCGCUCGGCAUCGCCGAAGGGCUCGUGUACCUCCACUCGAUGGACCCCGUCGUGAUCCACCGAGACCUCAAAUCGCGCAACGUCCUGCUCGACUCGGUCCGCGGCACGAAAAUCACCGACUUUGGCAUCGCCCGCGAAACGCACGACCAAACGCUGACGCUCAACGCCGGGACGUACCGGUGGAUGGCGCCAGAGGUCGUGCAAGAUGGCCACUACUCGCAGUCGGCCGACGUGUUUAGCUUUGGCGUGAUCCUGUCGGAGCUCGACACGGAGCAGCUGCCGUACGCGAACCAACGCAACGACCGCGGCAACCCGUUCACGGACUUGGGGUUGAUGGAGGCCGUGGCCAAGGGCCGCAUCCUCCCGUCGUUCACGUCUAGUUGUCCCGACUGGUUUCGGGAGCUCGGUCUGGCCUGCUUGUCCUUGGACCCGACGCUGCGGCCGUCGGCCACCCAAGUGUCGUAUGCGAUUCGAACGCAAUUGCAGAGUGCAUCUGCAUCACGCGAGGACCACGAAUAUAGUUCAAGUAGCGUCGGUUAUUUAGUUUAGUCGGCGCAUUGCGACCCCUGCU